CGUUCGUGAUUAAAAAUGAACCAAGACUUGAUUUGCUCAUCACGUAAAACGACUUGUCAAGUUGGGGAUUUUUGCUGUCAACUUAGUACGAUUUGCCAUUGGCAAGCCCCAAUUUUCGCGCGCUUUUUCACGUCAACAUUUCAAUUUGACAAAACCAGCCCGAAUUCCACGAUGUCAACAUCAGAAGACCUCUCGCUCCAGUUCAAAGUGCUCAACGUAUCCGUGGCCCCCAGGAUCCUCCAGCGGUGCGAAGAACUCUGCCUGGUGCACUCCAUCCCUGCGGAGGACUUCAUCGACCAAUGGCUCGCCUACGCCGCCUCCAAUUCGCACGCACUGGCCCCCAGUGUCGACGCUCUGGAUCGAAUGGAGCGCACCGAGCUCCAGAAGCAACCAAAACCCCAACCAGUCACCCCCCAGUCCCAUCGGAUGAUUAUGGAAACAACCCCGAUUCACACGCCAGUGCGGCAAAACCUGCAGGUGGAAAUGACUGAAAGCCCCCAGAGGGUGGAAAGCACGCCACUAAGUGUGCUUUCAGAGAGUUUCAGCAACCGGAGCGACGCAGGGGCUGCCGUCCACUCGUUCGGAGAAUCAACUGACUUCAAAGAGCGUUGCAGCCGGAAUUUAAGCAUAAAAAUGCACAACUCAAGCGUGAAAGGCAAGUACAUGCAUGAGAAAUUUCUGGCGAAAAGGGGCUGUCUGGAUGCCAUGUCUGCAUGGGUCGUUGGCGAUAUUUGCAGACGCCACAGUCUCGAAUUGAGUAAGGAGAAGCUUAAACAGUACUCGGGGGAAAUGACGAUUUGCGGACGGAUUUGUUCACAAACGCAAGGCAAAUUAGAUGAGAGUUCGAUUUUUUGCGAGGGGCUGCUGGAACCUUAUAGAGGCCAACGGGUGAAACUCAAUUUGAAUAAAAUCAAAAACGUGCGACUGUUUCCGGGGCAAAGUGUCGCUCUUAGUGGCAAUAACACCAAAGAUUGGUUUAGUGUGGCGGAGGCGUUCACUGUGGCCCCCUUACCUCCAUCGCAAGCCCCUAAUCUAGAAGAAACUGUUCAGAUAAUGGUGGCAGCGGGCCCGUUCACUGUUCCAGAAAACUUACUAUAUGAACCUCUGGAGCCCCUUUUAAACCACGUACUGGAGUCCAAACCCAACAUUUUGAUUUUAAUGGGACCGUUCUUGGAUGCAGGACACCCCCACCUGGACGACUUAUGUGAAAGUUUCGACACCUUCUUUGAAAGUAUUAUUGACAGAAUCAUGCAACGGGUUCCCGGGGGUAUGAGCGUGGUGUUAGUGCCGUCACACAAAGACGCCCACAACCACGUCGUUUUCCCUAGUCUACCCUACUCUUUGAAGAGAUCGUACGACAACUUGUAUUUAGCCCCAAAUCCGUUCAUGCUUGACGUGGAAGGCGUGGUGAUCGCGGGGUCCACGGCAGACGUGCUCUUCCACCUAGGCAAAGUCGAGUUUGCAAAAGGGGCCUUCCAGGACCGAAUUGGACAAAUAGUGUGGCACAUUUUCAACCAGAGGAGUUUCUACCCGCUGCACCCCCCGAACUCGGAGCUGCGAGUCGACUACCAACUCCUCGAACAACGCGCGAUGCUGGAGAAGGCCCCCCACGUCAUGAUCCUUCCGUCAAACUUCAGACACUUCGCCAAGGUCAUGGAGAACUGCGUGAUUGUCAACCCCGAACGGCUAACGAAAGGCAGCGGCGGGGGCACCUUUGCCAAAAUCGAGGUUAGGGCGGGCCCCAAAGACAACAAAGUGUGCGAACGGGUGUCUUGUUCGAUAAUUCGUGUAUAGUUGAAUAAAGUAUUCAAGUUGUCAA